AUGAAGCUCUGCCUGCUGUUCUUGCUCUCACUCAUUAUACUAUUAUCUUCUUCCACUACACAUUCUCUAAAAUGUACUUCACAGACCUUCACAAACAACAAGCUCUACAAAAACUGCACUGAUCUUCCCACUCUAGGCUCCUACCUUCACUACACCCACGAUGCCGAUGAAUCUACUCUAUCCGUCGUAUUCUCCGCGCCGCCUGCAAAGCCCGACGGCUGGAUCGCCUGGGGGAUCAACCCGAAUGGCACGGGAAUGGUGGGCACUCAAGCUCUCAUCGCCUUCAAGAAAUCCAACGGCAAAAUAACUGUCAAGCCAUACAAUCUCGUGUCCUAUGGCCAAAUAGUGCAGACCAAGCUAUCGUUCGACGUGUCUGACACCGCCGCAGAGUAUUCUGACGGUGUCAUGAGGAUAUUCGCCACGUGGGAAUUACCGGAGAAUACGACUGUGAUCAACCAGGUCUGGCAAGUGGGAGCUUCCGUGGAUGAUGAGGUGCCGGCUAAGCAUGCGUUUGAUCCGGUUAACUUAAAUUCGAAAGGAGAGCUGAAGCUAAAUGAAACCAGUGCGGCUAGUCCCAGUCCUAGUCCUAGCAGCAGCGACGAUGAUUCGGCUGGAAAGGAGGAUAAAAAUGAGAGUUCUAGAAUCGGUGGCAUCAGAUUUGGUUUAUAUCUUGCAGUUCUGUUCUCUGUUUUCGGAUUUUUGUCGUUAUAA